UAACAGACAGUAAGCAGCAUACAGUUUGAACUUUUUUAUAUUAUUUUUAUAUAUUACAAGUUAGACCUGCUAUAGUUGGAUUGGAACAUCAGAAUGUCGGAAUCUCAGAAUUUGAAGGUUUACAGAGCAGCUGAAGUCAGAGAACAGAGCGAAAACGGGAAAACGUGGCUGAUUAUUUAUAACAAAGUCUACGAUGUUACAGAAUUUAAAUAUGAGCACCCAGGCGGUGAGCAUAUUCUAAAUCAAUACUCAGGAGAUGACGCCUCAUCUAUAUUCGUGUAUAUCAACCACUCAGAGUUCGCCCUCAAUUUAAUGAACAAAUACCUUAUAGGCGUUCUACACGAGGACGAUCGAGACAACAGAGGGGAAAAAUAAUAGACAUUUCCCAUGACGGUCGCCAGAAUCCAACAACGCAGCUCUGCGAGGUGUUUUUAAGAAAUCUCAUCAUCACAAUAUAUUAUGUCAAAGAAUGGAUGU